GAUCCGAGCCCGGCGAUGGCGGCCACGGCGGCGCGGCGGCUGCGGGACCUGCAGGCGCAGCCGGGGAACAAGACGUGCGUCGACUGCGCGCAGCGCAACCCGCAGUGGGCCAGCGUCUCCUACGGCGUCUUCAUGUGCCUCGAGUGCUCCGGCAAGCACCGCGGCCUCGGCGUCCACAUCAGCUUCGUCCGCUCCGUCACCAUGGACUCCUGGACCGAGCCGCAGCUCCGCAAGAUGGAGGCCGGGGGCAACGACCGACUCAACGCCUUCCUCGCCGCCAGGGGCGUGCCCAAGGACACGCCGCACGUCCCCAAGUACAACUCCAACGCCGCCGCCGCCUACCGCGACCGCGUCGUCGCGCUCGCCGAGGGCCGGCCCUGGACCGACCCGCCCGUCGUCAGGGAGACGCCCGGAUCUGGCGCGCCCGCGCCCGCCAGGAAGCCGCCCCUACCCGCUGGCGGAGGCGGAGGCGGCGGUGGCGGCGGUGGGUGGGACGACUGGGACGACGAGGUCCGCCCGGACAUGAGGCGGAACCAGUCGGCCGGCUCCUUCGGUAACGGCGGAGCCGACUCGGGGAGGCAGCCCACCAGGUCCAGGUCCACCCAGGACAUGUACACCAAGCAGGAGCUGGAGGCGUCCGCGGCCAGCAAGGAGGAUUUCUUCGCCAGGAGGAUGGCGGAGAACGAGUCCAAGCCUCAGGGGAUCCCUCCAUCCCAGGGCGGCAAGUACGUCGGCUUUGGAUCCACCCCGCCGCCCUCCGCCAAUAGGAACAACGGGGCUGCCCAGGGCGGCGAUGUCAUGCAGGUCGUCUCCCAGGGAUUAGGACGUCUUUCACUAGUUGCAGCAUCUGCUGCCCAAUCUGCUGCUAGUGUUGUCCAAGUUGGCACAAAAGAGAUCCAGUCAAAGAUGAGCGAAGGGGGCUACGAUCAGAAGUUGAAUGAAACAGUGAAUGUUGUUACGAAUAAAACUGCAGAGAUUGGAAGCAGAACCUGGGGGAUUAUGAGAGGAGUGAUGGCAUUGGCCUCGCAGAAGGUGGAGGAGUAUGCCAAGGAAGGAGGCAUGGGCGGUGGCUGGGGAGAUGACUGGCAACAACAAAGGACGCAGAACAGCAGUGAGCCGUACCGCAGGUAUGAGCAUGAGACCAGCAACGGCGGAAACAGCUGGAAUUCUCCUCAAGAUGGAUCAUCGAAGAAUCAGAAUUCCAAUUCUUGGGAUGAUUGGGAUGAACAAGACAAGAAGGCCGAGCCUGCAAAACCAAGUCAGAGCAGCGACUCAUGGGCUGGCUGGGAUGAUGCGAAGGAUGAUGGCUUUGAUAGUUACAACAGUAACAGCCCCGCCAACAAGGGGAGCAACCAGAAUGGGACCUCCGGUGGGUCAUAUUGGGACGGUGGCUUCCGCUGAUGCUGGUGUCUUUGUGAGAGCUAUAUAUACUUUCAGAGUUGUUAUGCCAGAAAAUGUGGUGGUUAUCAUUAUUCAGGAUACUAAAAUGUGGGAGUAAAAGAGUUUGUUCUUUUGUAAGUUGUCUACAAUUGUUGUGUAGUGGUGGCAUGUUCCUAUGGUCAAACUUCAUUUGAAACUGCCGUCCCAGAUCCUAAGAAAUGUCUCGAAUUGAAAUUGUAAUCUACAGAUACCUACUUGCAAUUCUUUAUUCAUUGUACUGAUUUGUCGUA